AUGAAGCAUUUUCCAAUCCAAUCGGCCGCACUUUUUAGGAGUAACAACACGAGGGAGAGAGAGACGGAAAGAAUGCGGGAGGAGGAGGAAAAGGCAGCAGAAAAGGAGGAGGACGCAGAAGACGCGUGUUUUCGAGGGUGCUGCCGCGUUUUGAAGACCACGAAGAGAGGGACUUGCGAUGAUGAUGAAACGAACGCGUUUCCAAAGAUGACGUUCCGCUUGGCGAAAGAUUUGGUAAACGUCAACGCGAUGAUGACAUCGAUUACGGGGUCUUCUUUCGAGAAUACUACUACUACUACUACUAAUAACAAUAAUAAUAAUAAAGCAGGGAAAAAGAAUCAAAGAUUGUGUAUUAAAAUGUUCACCUCGAACGCAUCUCAAGUCUAUCUGUCGAGAAUGUACGAGCAACCGGUGGCAAUUAAACUGCCAAUCCUACGCACGAAAACCGACAUCGACCGGUACCACUGCGAGUUACGGAUCGUCGCAUCUUUAAAACACGAAAACAUAUGCUCGAUUUUAGGCGCUCGAGCGUGGCCACCGGAAUACGCGCUCGUGUUUCCGUGGUGCGAGAACGGGUCGGUACAUCAAGCGAUACACGUCAACCGGUGGGUACCGAAUUUGGGAGGCGCGUUUAAAGUGUGUUGGCAAACGGCGAAGGCGUUGAGAUAUUUGAAAGAAACGCACGACGUCGUGCACAGAGACGUGAAACCGAGCAACAUAUUGUUGGACGAGAAAUGGAACGCGAAAUUGACUGAUUUUGGCUUAUCGGAAUAUCGAGCGGAUUUGGAAAACUCGUUGCAAGCGGCGAUAUACAACGAGAGCGUGAAGUCCGAGGACGCAGAAGGGAGGGCGAUUGAUAUCAACGGUAAGUUUGUCGCCAACGACGGGAACGCGCCGAGCGGCGGGUUUCAAAAGCAACACUUGGUCGGGACGUUAGCGUACAUCGCUCCAGAGGUGUUGAUGCGAGUGGUGUCCACGUACGCCAGCGACGUGUAUUCCUCUGGGAUUACGUUUAACGAAGUCGCGUCGAGAGUGGAACCGUACGCCGAUCGAGAGCGGAACGUGGCGUUGGCGCACACGUGCAUGGAUUUGAGUUACAACGACGGCGAUUUAGCGAAAGCGAUCGUGAUUGAAAAUUUGCGACCGGUGAAAGCGUUUUUUGACGCCGACGAGGAAGAAGAGAAAGAGAAAAAUGUAAAGGAAAAGGAGGAGGAAGAAGACGAAGCAAAUAGAGGUAGAAGAGAUAACAAUAAUAGCAAUAAAAACGAAGUAGAAGUUUCGCUCCAACGCGAAUUCGAAAAACUCGUCACGAAAAUGUGGGACGGGAAACCGGAAAACAGACCAGAUUUCGCGGAAAUAGAAGAACGGUUACGAAAAGGCGUCGAGACGUACGAGAAAGAAAUCGGGGCGUGCGUUUGGACGCAAGCUGCUCUUUCCGAGUCUUCCUACGAGAGCAGAGAAGACGAGGACGCGACGAUGACUGACGCCGAAAACGAGGACGGGGAGGACGCCGCCGGAAAGAACGAUCAAAAGACUGCGUUUGGAAAUCGCGCUCGAUUCGCGCCGUGCGCGUUCGACGCGCCGUUGUCUUCUUAUUCGACGAUGGAUGCUACUACUACUAAUAACAACAAUGAUAAGGGUACAAAACCACCGUGCAUCCUCUCCAACACCGGCGCGUUUGCCACCGCGGGCGCUCGAGGCAACGAUAAGAUGGAAGACAGGCACAAGAUUUUCCGCGAUUUCAACGGGCUUCCCCAUUGCGCCGUGAUGGCGGUGUUCGACGGCCACAGAGGAUUCGAGUGCGCGGAAUACUGUUCGGAAAAUCUCUCCGACGCCAUAUUAUCCGAAUGGGGCGAGAACGGAAACGAUAUCCCGUCGACGCUUAAAAAAGUCUUUCAAAAACUCCACCUGGCGUUUGUCAAACACUGGACGGAAAAAGAACGCAGAGACAUGCACAAAUCCACCGCGGAUCCAAAAUCGAAAAAGAAACGGUAUCCCGGCUGCACGGCGACGGUGUGUUUCUUCUGGGGUGACGAUGUGUACGUCGCCAACGCUGGAGAUAGUCGAGCGGUUUUAGGCCACCAUCCAACCGGAAACGACGAGGUCGACGCCGACGAAACGACGUGGUCGACCGCUCUGAGCGAAGACCACUGCGCGUCCUCGAACGCGAAAGAGUUGGAACGAGUGAAGAAUUCCUCAGAAAACGUAAAAAUACGAACUUUAGAGAACGGUCAAAUACGCGUCGGCGACGCCGGUUUAGCGGUGACUCGAGCGUUAGGCGAUUGGGAUUGCACGGAAUCCGGAGGCGUUUUGUCCGAGCCGGAAGUAAUCAAGAAGACGCUCUCCGCCGACACGGACGCUUUCAUCACGAUCGCGUGCGAUGGUUUGUGGGACGUGUGCACGAACACCGACAUGUGUUCGAUCAUACGAGAUACGGUGAAAGAGCCGAGCAUGUGCGCCAAACGUUUAGGAUGCGAAGCGUUGAAUAGAUUGAGCGACGAUAACAUCAGCAUCUUGGUCGGCAUUCUCGGCAACGAAGGCACGUUCGCCAAAGUUUCGUGGAAGAGCACGUAUAACGACGGCUUUAGCGGGUUGAAGUGA